UAGUUUAUUUAUCUGAAAGGAAAAAAAAAGUUUAUCCUUUUAGAUAGUAUACUGUGUCUGUGUGGUUGUGCCUUUAGGUUUGAGCUGAAGUGAAGUGUGAAGUGUGAAGUGAGAAUUGAGAAGCUAAACUUGAUUGUGAAGAAGAGCAUUGGGUGAUAGACCAAUAAAGUGUUUUGACAUUUUUUCCAUCCAAAAAAGUCCCUCUUUCUCUCUUCAAUUCACCUGUUAGUCAUGACAUCUUCAUUCUCAACACAGUUGGUGCAGAGUCAGAACCUACUUUCUGGUUUUCAUGCUAUCCAGGGGAAGCCACAGGUAAUCUGUAGCAGUGCCAGAUCACAGCUUGGAUGCAGUAAAUUGUCUUCAAGAUAUCAUUACUCGGCGAGGUUUUCUGUAUCACAACAAUCUAAAGCGAAAUCAAUCACUUCUCGGCGAAUAACAUGCACUAGUAGUGCUAAGGAAAAUGUUGUAGAGCUGCAAGCCAAAGUGACAAACAAAUGUUUCUUUGAUGUAGAAAUUGGGGAUGAACCUGUUGGGAGGAUUGUUUUUGGCCUAUUUGGAGAGGUUGUUCCAAAAACAGUUGAGAAUUUCCGAGCUUUGUGCACAGGAGAGAAAGGAUAUGGUUACAAGGGAAGCUACUUCCACCGUAUAAUUAAAGAUUUCAUGAUUCAAGGAGGAGACUUCACUGAAGGAAACGGAACUGGUGGAGUCAGUAUCUAUGGUGCUAAAUUUGAAGAUGAGAAUUUUGCUUUGAAGCAUGUUGGUCCUGGAGUUUUGAGCAUGGCAAAUGCCGGUCGUAAUACCAAUGGUAGUCAAUUUUUUAUUUGCACUGUAGAGACUUCAUGGUUAGACAAGGCUCAUGUUGUGUUUGGACAUGUCAUUGAUGGACUGGAUGUUGUGAGGACACUUGAAUCACAGGAGACAAACAGAUCCAACAAUAAUCCCCGGAAAGCAUGCAAAAUUGCUAACUCUGGAGAACUGCCUAUAGAUGAAUGAUCUUUACUCUGAAGUGGUGUACGUUCUUCCAACCGUCGAUCAAAAUUAAGUUAAGGAGGGUGUUUGGGGAGGACAUGGUUGUUCAUGUGUUUUAAAUGUCACUCGAAGGGAAUUUAGCAAAUUAUUUUGUUAGGAGAGAUGCAAUAACUAUAUUUUGUAUUACUAGACUUGUACUCAAUUCCUUAGUAAUUGUCUUUUUCUAUUAUAAAUUUAUGCUUCUGAACUUUGCAUUUAUAAAUCUCCCGAUCCAUUUUGUGAUG